AACAGUGUCCGCGGAGGGCUGUGGGGCGGAGGGGCGGGGGAUGGGCCUGAGGGGCUCUGGGGUGCUUGUGAGGUGAGCAUUUCCAAGACUGCGUGCGCGUGUGUGGUGGGGGGGACACACGAUGACCUUCCCCUGCUCAGGAAGACCUAAAAGGGAGAAGCAACCCCCAGCGAGAUCCCCCUGUGCUGAUGAUUUUCAGGGACUUGUUGGCAACUCAGCGAGGGUUGCCAUAGCUUUUUUAUGUAGGGUGACCAGAACCGGCUGAAACUGGUUUGAGGCAGAUCAGCUCCUGAACACAAUGCAGUCACUGAGCUACUACAGUGGGAUAGCAGCUUCCUCCCUCCAUGGCAGCCAAAAGCAGAGGAGCUUGCAGGAAGGUACCAUCCCAACACAGUAUGUGAAUGCACACUUAGACACCACACAGCACUGGUACGUGACUAAUGGAGCCCUGAAAGAUUCUGGGUAGAGAAGAUGGAAAAAAAGGUGCAGGUUUGCAGGGUCUGAGAUUACUUGGGCUUUUCCUGCCUUUUUCUUUUGCUUAAGGGAUGGACAAGGAGCUGAGAUUUAUGACCCUUAUUAAAGAAAAAAAUGUGCCUUGCUAGGGUGGGGACACUUGGUUUAUGCAGUCUCUCUCUCUUUCUCUGUUUUUAACAAAACCAAACCAAAAUGAGCUGAUGGAUUUGUAAUGGUAGUUUGUUUGUUGCUGGAGAAUGCUACUUUGCAUGCCUUUUUUCUCUUGCAGGGUAUGUUCUGUUUUGUGCUUUUCCUUUUAGAAGGUACUAAAGGGUGUUGGGGAUACUUCUGACUAUUAUGAAGGCCGAAAGGUAACAAUAUUGUUCUAGGAAAUGAGCAUAAAUGCGUUCCAGUGAUGCUGUUAGCCAUACAUGCUGUCUUUUUUUUCCUUGUAGGCCUGUUGACUGGGGCUGCUUUUAACCCUUUCAUAUUUGCUGAGAAUGCAGCCGUGUGACAGUAACUGAACACUGGUCCAAAGUCUUUCCAAAAGGUCAAGGUUCACAAGAACCUCUGAUCACAUUCAUGACCAUGGGGGACAUGAAGACCCCAGACUUCGAUGACCUCUUGGCAGCGUUUGACAUCCCAGACAUGGUGGACCCCAAGGCAGCUAUCGAGUCCGGGCACGACGACCACGAGAGCCACCUGAAGCAGAACGCCCACGGCGACGACGACUCGCACACGCCGUCCUCCUCCGACGUGGGCGUCAGUGUCAUCGUGAAGAACGUCCGCAACAUGGACUCCUCCGAGGGCGGGGAGAAGGACGGCCACAACCCCACCGGCAACGGCCUGCACAACGGGUUCCUCACGGCGUCCUCCCUGGACAGCUACGGCAAAGACGGGGGAGCGAAGCCCUCGAAGGGAGACGCGCCCGCCUCCGAGGCGGCCCUGAAAGACGCCGCGUUCAGCCAGUUCAGCCCCAUCUCCAGUGCCGAAGAGUUCGACGACGACGAGAAGAUCGAGGUGGAUGACCCCCCCGACAAGGAGGACGCGCGCCCGGGCUUCAGGUCCAACGUGCUGCCCGGGUCGGCUCCCCAGCAGGACUACGACAAGGGGAAGCCGCCCGGAGGGGAGAACUCCAGCAAGACCGGAAGCUCUGCAGCGGGCAGCACAGAGAAAAACAAAGUCAAGAGAGAAACAGAACCAAAUUCUAUAAACCUGAGUGUCUAUGAACCCUUUAAAGUCAGAAAAGCGGAGGAUAAAUUGAAGGAAAACUCCGAAAAGGUGCUUGAAAGCAGGGUCCUUGACGGGAAGCUGGGCUCAGAGAAGCACGACAGCGGGCUCGCCGGCGUGGCGCCAUCCAAGGCGAAGUCGUCCUCCAAGCUCUCAUCCUGCAUCGCUGCCAUCGCGGCGCUCAGCGCUAGGAAGGCGGCUUCGGACUCCUGCAAAGAGCCGGUGGCCCAUUCAGGGGAGUCCUCUCCGUUACCAAAAGAAGUGAACGAGAGCCCGAAGGCCACCGACAAGUCUCCCGAGUCCAAACCUCAUCGACGGACAAAGAAACCCUCCCAAAAGCCACCGGAGCCCAGAAGCAUCUCAAGCGAGAACAGCAGCAAGGGGUCCCCGUCCUCUCCUGCAGGAUCCACACCAGCAAUCCCCAAAGUCCGCAUAAAAACCAUCAAGACGUCUUCUGGUCGAACCCCGCGUCCAGCAGAACAGCCGAGCGCGAGCCGCGCAGUGACCUUCCGCGGACAGGCUCGUGCAAGUACAUCCGUGGCCGAACAGCAACAGGCUCCCAACUUCGAGGCCAAUACCGACCGUCGCCGCAUUAGCUUCUGUCGACCUACACUGGGAGCCUCGUCUUAUAAGGGGCGGCGCGCUGCAGCAGUCGGCCGCGAGUGCCCAGUUGCCGUCGCGCACAGCCGCGCCAUCCGUCUGCACCGUGCACCCGAACACCUCCCGAUCCACUCUGUCGAGAGUGGCUACCGGCCCGCCCUGCGCGGCCCCCGUGGCUACCGCUUCCCUCCCCAUUGGCGCAUCGAAGUAACGUGCAACCUUACAAAGAACCUCGUUUUUUACAACAAAUGCAGCCUCCUUUCCCAUGCCCGUGGGCAUAAGGAAAAAGGGGUGGUGAUGCAAUGCUCCCACUUAAUUUUAAAGCCAGUCCCAGCAGAUCAAAUGAUAGUUUCUCCAUCAAGCAAUACUUCAGCUCCAUCUUCCACUCUGCAGAGCCCCGGGGGAGCCGGCACACACACUGUAACAAAAAUUCAGUCUGGCAUAACGGGGACGGUCAUAUCGGCUCCUUCCAGCACUCCCGUCACCCCAGCCAUGCCCCUGGAUGAAGACCCCUCCAAACUCUGUAGACACAGCCUAAAAUGCUUGGAGUGUAACGAAGUCUUCCAGGAUGAGACGUCACUGGCUACACAUUUCCAGCACGCUGCAGAUACGAGUGGACAAAAGACUUGCACUAUCUGCCAGAUGCUGCUUCCUAACCAGUGCAGUUAUGCAUCACACCAGAGAAUCCAUCAGCACAAAUCUCCCUACACCUGCCCUGAGUGUGGGGCCAUCUGCAGGUCGGUGCACUUCCAGACCCACGUCACCAAGAACUGUCUGCACUACACUCGGAGAGUUGGUUUUCGAUGUGUGCAUUGCAAUGUUGUAUACUCUGAUGUGGCUGCGCUGAAGUCUCACAUUCAAGGUUCCCACUGUGAAGUCUUCUACAAGUGUUCUAUUUGUCCAAUGGCGUUUAAGUCUGCCCCAAGUACACAUUCCCAUGCCUACACACAGCAUCCUGGCAUCAAGAUAGGAGAACCGAAAAUAAUAUAUAAGUGUUCCAUGUGCGACACUGUGUUCACCCUGCAAACCUUGCUGUAUCGCCACUUUGACCAACACACUGAAAACCAGAAGGUGUCUGUUUUCAAGUGUCCAGACUGUUCUCUUUUAUAUGCACAGAAGCAACUUAUGAUGGACCAUAUCAAGUCUAUGCAUGGAACAUUGAAAAGUAUUGAAGGGCCUCCAAACUUGGGUAUAAACUUGCCUUUGAGCAUUAAGCCUGCAACUCAAAAUUCAGCAAAUCUGAACAAAGAGGACACCAAAUCCAUGAACGGGAAAGAGAAAUUGGAAAAGAAAUCUCCAUCUCCUGUGAAAAAAUCAGUGGACUCCAAGAAAGUGGCCAGUCCUGGGUGGACGUGUUGGGAGUGUGACCGCCUGUUCACGCAGAGAGAUGUGUACAUAUUCCACGUGAGGAAGGAGCAUGGGAAGCAAAUGAAGAAACACCCCUGCCGCCAGUGUGACAAGUCCUUCAGCUCGUCCCACAGCCUGUGCCGGCACAACCGGAUCAAGCACAAAGGCAUCAGGAAAGUGUACACCUGCUCGCACUGCCCGGACUCCAGGCGCACCUUCACCAAGCGGCUCAUGCUGGAGAAGCACAUCCAGCUGAUGCACGGCAUCAAGGACCCCGACCUGAAAGAGAUGACAGACAUCACCAACGAGGAGGAAGUAGAAAUAAAAGACGACGCCAAGGUUCCUAGUCCUAAGCGGAAGUUGGAAGAACCAGUUCUAGAGUUCAGGCCUCCCAGGGGAGCGAUCACCCAACCACUGAAAAAGCUGAAGAUCAACGUUUUCAAGGUCCACAAAUGUGCCGUGUGUGGCUUCACCACCGAAAACCUGCUGCAGUUCCACGAACACAUCCCUCAACACAAAUCGGACGGCUCGUCCUACCAGUGCCGGGAGUGCGGCCUCUGCUACACGUCCCACGUCUCCCUGUCCCGGCACCUGUUCAUCGUGCACAAGCUGAAGGAGCCGCAGCCGGUGUCCAAGCAGAACGGGGCCGGGGAAGACAGCCAGCAGGAGAACAAACCCAGCCCGGAGGACGAAUCCCCCGACGGCGCCGUGUCAGACAGAAAGUGCAAAGUGUGCGCAAAAACUUUCGAAACUGAAGCUGCCUUAAAUACUCACAUGCGGACACACGGCAUGGCCUUCAUUAAAUCCAAAAGAAUGAGUUCAGCUGAGAAAUAGCCACAGAUGUUCCAUAAGGAAAAUCCCUGUCCACAUUGGAAUAAAAAAGACAUUUUUGUUACAAAAAGUUCACAGUAUAAUAGAGUUAACAGUACUAUCUAGGCUGUUGCAAUAUAUUCUCUUUCCACCUACCCUCAACCUGGUCGUAUAUAUCCUCGAUAAGUAUUAAAGCAGUAUUUGAGUUUAAAAGAGUUUGUAUAUAUUUAAAGGAAUAACUUUUUAUACUCUUUGUUACAUGUUUGUAUCAGUAUUUAGUGGAAAACAUUGAGUUGGUUUUUUUUUUUUUUGGGUUAGAAUUUCUUUUUUGUACUGUUUCUUUACAACAGAGUUCUUAGUAACAGGGGCAGUUCCUGAAUUCGAAUAAAUCAUUUUGUAUGUUACGAAUUUGAAUGGGUUAACUAAUUACAGGCUGAAAUAAUGCCUUUUUUAGUGUUUUUAAUUUUUAGAAUUCACUACAUAAAUUAUAGGUAAUCGUGGGUCUCAAAAACACUAGGAACUUUUAAGUGUCUUAGCGCCGCCCUCGGCGAGCGGGCCGCGGGGCGCAGCUGCACUCCGGUGCGGGCGCGGCGGGUGCCAGGCCGCGCCACUCAGUAUUUAAAGCAGCCUUGCAGGCGGCCUCUGUCCCCGCAGUGGGUAAAAAAACUUAGGCCAGGAAUCCAGGAAAGAAUGUAGCUUAUUACCUUAAUUGCAUCUUGAGGAAUGGGAAACCCGAGGGUAUUCUAAAAGGGAAGCGAAAACACAUAUUUUGGUUGUUUUCCGGGCGACGUUUGCAAGGCCAGCUUACAAGAGCACAAGGAGAUGAAGUUACGAAAGGGCUGGACUACUAUAAAAGUUACAAAUACGUAGUUAGACCAAUAGAUUUAUAUAGUCAGGUUUUUUUGUCAUGUAAUUUAUUAACUUACAGAAACACAACUAAGAAUAUCAAGUAUUUCUCUGGCUCUUGACAGGAAGAAAAAAAAAUCUCAGUUGACUUAACCCUUUGCUGUCAAAAGAGUUGGUGUUUCCUGUUCUGGGUGCUACUGCCAAACGUCCUGGUACUUAGAGUUGGGAUGCACAACUUCAACCACCGACUUAUCAAUGCAGCAGCCUGUGUGUUGCAAUUGGCCAUUAGAUUACGCACUGAGCCACCUGGGUUUAGUUCCGUCAUUUCAAUAAGUAUAUUUCAUGUCAGUAGUUCUGCUUUGUUAAGUGCAGCAGAGGUACUCUUCUGUCCCUUCCGUUUAUAGUUCUCUGGGAGAGUUCUAUUUUUUGGUUUUUGUUUUGUGUUUUCUUUUGCAUUUUAUAUCUUGUAUUUAUCCCUGAACAUGUUUUGUACUUUUUUUUUUUUUUUAAGAAAAAUUCUUUUGUGUAUAUAUAGAUACUUGCAUGAUAUACUGUAGUCAACGUUCGGUUCCUCAAAAGGUCUUGCUGCUGUCAGGUGUUAUGCACUACAUCAUCGUAACUGUAUUAAACACAUUUCAUAUGUAAAUAAACGUGGGACAUUUGGCCCUGUGCUUCUGUGAGAGAGUUAUUGGUGGUGGGUCUCUGACAUCUUCAUGAAGUUUAGGAAGUGAUUAGUCUUAGGGACAGGCUACGGGAUAUUGCAGAAUUCUUCCCACUCAGAAGAAUGCCAUAUUCAUUCUCAUUAGUAAUCAGCUAUUGUCACUUUCUCGUUGGCUCCAUCGGUACCAUCCGAAGGUGUGAUUAUUCUUCAACUUGAAACUCAAUUGCUGUUACUUGUUAUAUCUGUAUUGCUCUGAGUUGUAUUCAUAGCACUUUCAUUGUUUCUGCAUUUGAACCUUGCAAUAAACCUGUGUGGUCGGCCACGCAGGUCUGAGUAGCCUAGUUUUACAGUUGAGGGAGCUAAGCUCAGAUUAAGUUCUUUGCCUAAGCCCUCAUCGCUGGUAAGUGGCUUUGCAUAUUAGAACCCAAAUAUUUUGCUCUAAAUAUAGUGCUCGCUCUAUGUGGUUAUGUACAUAUUGAUAAAUACUCAUUUAUUCAACAAAUAAAAAGUAUGUGCAAAACA